UCGAACUUUCCGUGAUUCAGAUCGAGUUCAUCAGUGGAGAACGGUUGGUCAGAACCUUUGGUGCAAACGUUUUGAGCCAAUCACAGUACACAACCCCGCGCUAUCCAGUCAAAAGUUUUCUUAGUUUGAUUUGGGGCUAAAACAAAAAUGCAGCUUCUAGUUCGUCUCCUCUGCCUUUAUUGCAGCUUUAUGGUUCCAUUAAUAAUGGCCAAAGCUGUUUACCCCACGAGAAUCUUCAACGAAUCGGCAUACUCCUCCGAUCAUAUUCCGGUAGUGAAGCGCUUGCAAGAGGUAUUCGGCGUGUCUGAUCGCCAGCGACAAAGGCAAUUGCUCUCUCCGCCGCAGUACAUGUUAACUCUUUACGCUACCGUCGCCGACAACAGCGGCGUCGUCAAAGCACCGAACCCUUACGGCGCCAAAAUCAUCCGCAGUUACACGGAGAAAGAAUCGUCACGAAGAAAUUAUUUCUCCUUCAAUGCAUCCGGAAUGGGAAUAAGUGAAACGAUAAUCGAAGCCGAGCUACAUUUGUAUGUCCUAAGAAGUGAAGCAUCAUCGUUACUUCGUGAAGUACGUAUAUAUCAGAUACUCGACUCGAAUUGGGUGGAACCGGAUAGGAAUCGUAUGAUCGAUAUCCAUUAUGUCAACAGUUCUUACGAGGGCUGGUUGAUUUUCCGAGUCACGCAAGCCGUGCAGAGUCAUUCUCUGGUAAAUGGCGGAUCGAAUCACCUGAAAUUCUUGGUGACAGCCAUGUCGACAGCGAGACAGCCUGUACUGUUGCACGUAUCGAGACGCCGCGAUCGACACUCCAAUCGCCAACCGGUUUUAGUCCUUUUCAAUGGCGACACUUCUUCCGUUUCUGCUACACAAUCGGACGUAAUGCAUGACUCCAUUUCCACUUCCGAUACCCGAACAAGCACAAGCAGAAACGAGGCUGGAGUUUUCCGCAAUCGGCGAGACCUUAUGGUGGCGACCGAAACGAACGAGCCAUUUCAGAAAACGGCGACGCAUCAUAAACGGGAUCACCAUCACCGUCGUCACUUGACCAACACAAACGAGUGUCACCGACAAGAGCUCUACGUUGAAUUCGAAUCGAUUGGAUGGUCAGAAUGGAUCAUCGCACCCAAAGGUUACAACGCCUAUCACUGCACUGGAAUCUGUUCGUUUCCACUUGGCCAAAGCCAGAAACCCACAAACCACGCCACCGUCCAAUCCAUUGUGCACGAAAUGAAUUUGGCAAAGUCGGUGGCCAUGCCGUGUUGUGUCCCCAAUCGAUUGCUAUCCCUCUCCUUAUUAUACUACGACGAAAAUGAUAACGUCGUUCUGAAGCAGUAUGGUGAGAUGGUGGCCGACAGCUGCGGUUGCCAUUAAUUUACUUCCUGUAGUCAAUCAUACUUUUUUGUACAGUAAAUCAUCCACCCUCAUUCUUAUUUCAUCAAUUUAAUUUAACCGCAAUCAUUGUUUUUUCUAUGCUAGCCUUUUCUUCGGGCGUUUUGUAUUUCGCGCUUUCGCUCGGGGAAACGAAAAAAAGAAAAAGAAAAAAAGAAAGAAUCAAACCGACGCGUUCAGCUACAAGCGC